AAUUUGUACAGCGAAUUGCACAACAAAUUGAAAGUAUGUGGUUAAAAAUAAUUAUUGAGGACGUUUUCCAAAAAUAGAUUAUAUGUUUGUCUUUUCCAUACAAAAUACGGCGCCUUACAUCAUUCCUUAACAGCUUCUUGAUUGAUACACACGAGUGGCCACACAGGCGGACAACAUUCACACAGGACAGGUCAAUCAAACUUCUCGGCCAUUUUAUCAAAUCAUUCAACAGCAAAUUUUCUUACAAACACUGAAAUGGAAGGCAUCGUAGCAGAAGGGCAUACCCAAACACUAGUGAAACCAUCACCAUGGGGAAAGGCUGUCCAAUCAAGUCCCUGGGGUCAAUCAACCAAUCAGAAUGCUGCCCCUUGUAGUCUAGAAGAAGUGAUGAGCGAACAGUUGGCUAGCGAGCUUCAACAAGAAGAAGACAAAACGUGCGGCUUUCCGGAGGCUACCGGUGUUAAUGUAGAGCCAGAAAUCCAGGAGCUUAUAGAAGCAGCGAACAGUGAAGGGGACACAAGCAGUGACGUAGUUCUGGCCCGCAUGCUUCAGAUGCAGUACGACCAGGAACACAACCAGCUGCUCCAGGCACAGGAGUCACACCUCAAUAAGUGCAACACUGUGAAAGUGUCGUUUGAGAAGUACAAGUUAGAAUACCCAGCUUUCAGUGAUGAUGAAAAGGAAGACAGCCAGUGCUUUGAUGAUGAGUACGAGAACAAGAAGACAGAAUGGGAGAAAAGUCCAGUAGUGGCAUCAUCCAAAGGAUAUUCUGGCCGAGGAAAAAACAUCGUUACAAAGCAUGAUGCAGUCAUUUGUGGGCGGAAAAACGCUUCAAAAAUGAUGGACUUCACGCCCGAGUUUGAGAGUGGGGACUGUGAAGAAAUGGACAUGCGGCUGCCAAACAACGUUUAUAAUCAUCUGAAACGACACAGCAAUAAAGCAGACAGACGUCAGCAAAAACUACACGAGAAGAAGGAACACUCCACUGCGGAGCAUGCCAUGGAUCCACGUACACGCCUCCUGCUUUACAAGCUGGUGAACAGUGGCACCCUUGAGUCGAUCAGUGGCAGUAUCAGCACUGGGAAGGAGUCCGUCGUGCUACACGCUUAUGGAGGAAGGAUAGAGGGCAGAACCCUCGCGACAGAAGUGGCAAUCAAGGUGUUCAAAACAACGCUGAACGAGUUCAAGACUCGAGAGAAGUACGUUCAUGGCGACCAUCGCUUCUCCAAGGAUGACUACAAGAAACAGAACCCCAGGAAGAUCAUCAAGAUGUGGGCCAUGAAGGAGUGUGCUAAUCUGGGCAGAAUGCACAAAUUCAACAUCCCAUGUCCAGUGGUACAGAUCAUAAAGAAGCAUGUCCUGGUGAUGACCUUCAUAGGGGAGGACCGCAAACCUGCACCGAAACUGAAACAUGCCAAACUGUCAGCAGAAAAUAUAGAGGACGCUUAUGACCAGGUGGUGCAGAUUAUGCGUAAGAUGUACCUGAAGUGUGGCCUGGUACAUGCGGACCUCAGUGAGUACAACAUGUUGUGGCAUGCAGACACAGUGUGGAUCAUUGACGUUUCACAAGCGGUGUACCUAGACCACCCUCGAGCUCUCGAGUUCCUCUAUAGGGACUGCACCAAUGUGGUUAACUUCUUCUCUGAAAGUGGAGCCCAUGCAGUGAUGACCCCUGAGCAGCUGUUUAACAAGGUUACCGACCUGGAUAUCAGGGGUCAAGGGUCAGACUUCAUUGCACAGGUGCAGAGAUAUGCAAAAGAGAAAAGUCAAGAGCUAAUUGCGAAUGAAAAAAGUGACAAAAACUAUGCGUUUGAUUACUUCUUUGAUAAAUCCGUAAGGGACAAGAGCAAUUUCGAUACGCUGAUUAUUUCCGACUCGGACAGCGAAGAAGACGAUGAAGAUGUUGAUGAUGAUGAUGAAGUUUGUAGUGAUAUUAAAGAAGAAGGAUACAUGGAUGUAAUAUAUGAUACUGCUAAUGUUGUGGAUAAUGCUUGUAGUGACGAUAGUAAUGCUACUGCUGGUGAAGUUGAUAAUCUAAAAGAUGAAAAUUGUAAGAAUGGUAGCAGGGGUGGUGUUUGUAAAGACAAUGAAGCAGGUGAAAUGAAGGAGGUUUCUAUAAAUGAUAAGACUGCACAGGGUUCGAGCUAGUAAACCUACAGUUGUGCAAAAUCAGGUUUACUGUGUGGCCAGUAAAGCUGGUAAUAGAUUGGAAAAAACUCUCUGCCUCAAUGAGGCAAUAACAAGGUUAUGAUGAUUAGAAAAAAACUUACCUGUUUAUUUGUGUGCCCAUUAAAGCUGAAAAAGACGGAUAGAAAAAACUCAUUGCCUCAAUCAGACGAUACAAAAAUAGUGAUGGUUAGAAAAACUUAGAAAUUUUAAAGAAUCAUUUAACAAACAUGGUAUCAUAUUAUAUGUUAUAAGCUUAUCAAGGCUUCUUUGGUCUAUUGUUACAAAAUGUCAAACUUAAAAUUAAGCCUAUUGUUUGUUUCAAAUAUGUACACAUAGAGGAAUGGAGAAGGUAGUUUAGGCUUUUAGCCGUACCAUGAUAAUGUAAAGUUUUUGUUAUUGUUUUUGUCAUUUAAUCUAUGAAUCAGCAAUGUUAUAGAAAAACGGGAAGUCAGUGAAGUAUAAGAAACUUUGAAACCUGAAUCGUUUUCUUGGAAUAAGAUGCAUUUUCACGGGAAUACAAACGAGCCUCUUUCUUGGAAAACGGAGCUUAAUGCAUGUGCGUUAAGUGUCGUUCUAUAUUAGACACGUUCCCCCUGAACUGAAUUCUCGUUUAGAAGAGACUAACUGUAAACGAAAAAUUCAUUAAAGAAGAAAGUAUCAUCCCCGAUUAGCCUAUGUGGUGUGCACCGGCUAAUGUAGAGCAAUACUUUAGUCACAUUUAUUGAGUCCUGUUUUCACAGUGCGCAGCUUAUAUAUUUUAUUGAGUCUUAUUUUCAGGUAAUGUGUUUUGUGUUAAAGGGGCCUUUUCACAGAUUUUGGCAUUUUUUAACUUAUUCAUUAAAUGCUUUAUAUUGAUAAAUGUAAACAUUGGAUCGUAAAAGCUCCAGUAAAAAAUCAAGAAUAAAAUUUAAAAAAGGAAAAGAACAUUGCCCGGAGCAGGUUUCGAACCAGUGACCCCUGGAGUCCUGCCAGAGUCCUGAAGUAAAAACGCUUAAGCCUACUGAGCUAUUCCGCCGAGUACACAUUCUUGACGUAUUUUAUACCUUAUAUAAGCAAUCUUCGUAGUUUCACAAAAUUUAACGACAAAAACAGAACUCUCCAAAUUAUUCAAUCGUUUCGCGUUGCAACGCUUUAUAAUUUUUAGGUUUUAAAAUCGUCAAAAGAUGCAUAUAAUGGCUAUAUUAGACCAUGGUAAAUGUUCAGUAUUACUGUUUCCUCACAAAUAUCAUAACUAAAACGAAAAUGUGCGAAUCUGAAACAACUUUUUUCAAUUUUGUCAAUUUACCAAAGCGUGAAAAGAUCCCUUUAAAAGAUGGAUGAUUUAUUUGUUUUAUCAUCACUUUUUUAUAGAUAUGUUAUAUUAUAAGAUUGAAGAUUUAAUUGCUAGAUAAUAAAAUAAAGCUCUAAUUGGAAAUGUUGUCAGCAUUGAAAUUGCUGAACCAGUUUGUUAGUGUGUUAAUGUAUGUAUAAGGCAAACGAUUGAUAAGUUCUUGUCUAUCAUUUGCACGAGCCAUAAUGUACUGCAUUAACAAAACGACAAUGUCAUUUAUGCUUAUUUAAUACGUUUAUACUUGCAACAAAGAAAAAGAGUUUGCACUAUAUGAAUUCAUAUUCGUCAUUAAGUAGAAACGUUUGUGCUACCAGAUUACAUAAAAAGCAUUCCUGUCGACCAAACCUCUUAAGGAAAAGGAAGAAAAGUAAUCCUGUUUUGUACUUGAAAUAAGUUUUUAUAAAUAAGCUCGGAAACAUAGUUUUUGAAAUUUAAAACGUUAAGUCAAUCAAUAUUGCAACGAACGAUUCUAUUCAUGUGUGGGUAAAACCUUAAACAAGCAGAGAUAACGCAUCGCACAAAUAAUGGAUCUGGCUGUGUGCGUUUUUAAGUGAUUUGACAACAAUUGGAUAUUUUAGGACAACAUUAUACAUGUAGUAAAUUGAGAUUUGAUUUCGAUUUUAAGAUUUCAAACAUAAAUUAUAUUAGGGCUUUUAAAGUGGCACAAUGUUAUUAAUUCAUGUUAAAGGUAAAGUUACGCGAUUUAUUGUGUUUAGAUUUAUAUAUGUAUUUAUAUAAAACUUACAAGCAAUCGAAA